CUCAAAUGGCAUUACAAUCAUAAUUAAUACAAUGUAACCGAUUGAUUACAUACUCGUAUUUAUUAUCAGCCCUAGAGCGAUUAGUUACUCAGUUACAAAGUGCAAGCGCCACAUUGUGGUUUAAAGAAAAAUAUUGAAAUAAAAACGUAAGUUAAUGAGAAAAAUUUAAGUCUGACAAUGUUGAGUGUGCUCCUAGCGGUGGUGCUCGUCCUACUUGGCGCCGCGUACCUUUGGCUUCGUCGGCAUUUUCGCUAUUGGCAAGACCGAGACGUGCCGCAUGUACCGCCCACACUGCUGGUGGGAAAUAUUUUCGAUUUACUCCGUUACCGUUGCUGCUUUGGCGAACAAUUCGAGCGACUCUACAAUCAUGCUGCCAGUCGCAGCGAAGACUUUGUCGGCAUACAUGUGCUGCACAAUCACGCGUUGUUGCUGCGCGAGCCCGCGCUGAUUCAACGUGUGCUGGUGAGCGACUUCAGCGCAUUCGCGAGCCGCUUCGAACGCACCGAUCCGGUGCGCGACGGCAUGGGCUCGUUGAAUUUAUUCUUUGCACAGUAUGAGGUGUGGAAGGAGAUACAUCAAAUUUUCUCGCCACUAUUUGCGCAUGGCAAAGUGAAGCAAAUGUAUCCGCUGUUGGAGGAGGUCGGCUGCAAGUUGGAGGCGCAUAUGGCUGCCUUGAAGUACGCCGAAGAUGACUCUGUAAUCAUUGAGGUGAAAGAGCUGUGCGCGCUCCACACUACCGACAUUAUAGCAUCCAUCGCUUUCGGCAUUGAGGCAAACAGCUUGGCCAAUCCACAAGCGGAGUUCCGACGCAUGUGCAAGGAGGUGAAUGAGCCGCGUUUUAAGCGCGUCUUCCAUCUCUUCACGAUGUUCUUUUUUCCACAACGUGCUGAACUCAUUCGUACGCAUCUCUACUCCGCGGAAUAUGAGAAAUUCAUGCGCGCCUCUACAGAAUAUGCGAUUGCGGAGCGUUUGCGCAGUGGCGCGCAGCGCAACGACCUCAUAGACAUCUUUAUCAGCUUAAAGCAGCAAACGGCAUCAGGCGCGCGGGCUGAGGUGUUGCGCCAACCGGACUUCUUUGUCGCACAAGCCGCUUUCUUGCUACUCAAAGGUGGUGGCGCACUGAACUAUGAGGCAAUCUGCAAUGAACUGCCAUACAUGCGUAUGGUAGUGGAUGAGGUGUUGCGUUUGUAUCCGCCUACUUCCUUUCUCGAUCGGCGUUGCACGGCUGCGCAGGGUUACUCAUUGGCGCAGACCAAUGGUGUUGACUUCCGCGUGCCACAGGGCAUGCCGGUCUACAUAUCGGUGCUUGGUUUACAUCGCGAUGCGCGUUUUUGGCCACAGCCACUCGUGUUCGAUCCGGAGCGAUUUUCGCCCGAAAAUCGUAAACUGCAUACUCCCAUGAGCUAUUUGCCUUUUGGCGCCGGUCCGCGUGGCUGUAUUGGCACCUUACUAGGUCUGCUGGAAGUUAAGACGGGUCUCAUACAUAUCUUGAAGAACUAUCGCGUGGAGCCCUGUGCGUUAACAUUGCCCGAGAUGAAGUUUGAUGCGAAAGCUUUCGUUUUGACGGCGGAUGGUGGUACGUAUUUGCGUUUCGUAAAGGAUAAACUUUGUUGAUGGAAAUAAAUGUUCACUUUAAAAACAAAAAUGUUUCCUGUGUUGAAUUUACUAGGGAUGAUAACAGGUUAAGUACGAAGAGGAGGGUUCAAGCCAAGGGGAGAAGAAUGUAAGACGAGUUCACUUAACAGGAUACGCAGAACACAGAUUGUGCUCUGGUUCAAAUCUGCGUAAGUACCAGCUUUGUCUACUCAAAUGCUGCAGGGUUAUUCGGUUUCAAAACAGCUCGAGCUGCCUCAAUGGUAGUCUUGGUCGACUUUCCGUGAUAGUUUAUCUAACGGUUCAGCUAUGUCUCGCUGUAAUUAGUACCUGUAUACAUGCACCUGGAG